AGGUCAGAGUGCGCAUGCGCAUCAUAACCUGUCAGUGAGGACCUUAUAUACUGUCUAUGGUGAGGACAGAGAGAGGGUCACCAUGAUCCAGGUCCAGCCCGGUUCUGUCUGCGGACUGGUCUGUGUUUAGUAAUCCACAUGUUGAGGCUGUUCCUCCGGAGGCUCCGGCCGCUUAGCGGGCCGUCGGGCCGCCUCUCUGCCCGCUCAGCACGCUCCUCCAGCGGCUUCCCUGCUCCAGAGAUGCCCGCUGCCUGGGUCCGCAGAAACUUCCUGGAUUACUUCCGAGAGAAACACGGACACCGGCUGGUCCCGUCCUCCCCCGUCCGCCCGAGAGGAGACCCCAGCCUGCUGUUCGUCAACGCAGGCAUGAACCAGUUUAAGCCCGUCUUCCUGGGGACGGCGGACCCCCGCAGCGAGAUGGCGUCCUACCGACGCGUGGUCAACAGCCAGAAGUGCGUCCGCGCCGGCGGCAAACACAACGACCUGGAGGACGUGGGCCGAGACCUCUACCACCACACCUUCUUCGAGAUGCUGGGGAACUGGUCCUUUGGAGACUACUUCAAGGAGGAAGCGUGCUGCAUGGCGUGGAGCCUCCUCACUGAGCAUUAUGGGAUACCUGCAGACAGACUGUACGUGUCCUACUUUGGUGGAGACGCUGCGGCCGGUUUACCCCCCGAUGAGGAGACUCGCCACAUCUGGCUGGAGAUCGGGGUCCCUGCUGCGCGCCUGCUGCCCUUCGGCCUGAAGGAGAACUUCUGGGAGAUGGGGGACUCGGGCCCCUGUGGGCCCUGCACCGAGAUCCACUACGACCACGUGGGGGGGCGGGACGCCGCCGCGCUCGUUAACGCUGACAGUCCUGACGUGGUGGAGAUCUGGAACCUGGUCUUCAUGCAGUACAACAGGGAGGGGGACCAGAGUCUGCGUCUGCUGCCCCGGUCCAGCGUGGACACUGGGAUGGGACUGGAGAGACUGGUGAGCGUCCUGCAGGGGAAACGCUCCAACUACGACACGGACCUGUUCACCCCGCUGCUGCACGCCAUACACCAGGUGUCGAGGGCGAGCCCGUACGGCGGCAGGACGGGCGCUGCAGACCGGGACAACGUGGACAUGGCGUACCGCGUGGUGGCCGACCACGUCCGCACGUUGUCAGUCUGCAUCGCUGACGGGGUCCACCCGGGCAUGUCGGGGGCGGAGUUGGUGUUGAGGAGGAUUCUGCGGCGGGCGGUCCGGUUCUGUGUCGAGGUCCUGCAGGCUCCUCAGGGAGCACUGGCCAGCCUGGUUCCUACUGUCACACACAUACUGGGUGAUGUGUAUCCAGAGCUCCUCAGAGAGUCAGACAGGAUCAUGGACGUCAUCAACGAGAACGAGGCUCACUUCCUGUCUUCUCUGCAGCAGGGUAGCCGGCUGAUCCUCCGCACUCUCAACAGAAAGGACUACAAACAUGGAGACUUCCCUGCCGCGGUGGCCUGGUCUCUGCACAGGGACCUGGGGUUCCCUCUGGACCUGGUGGACCUGAUGUUGGAGGAGCGAGGAGUCCAGGUGGACCGCCGGGCGCUGGACCGCCUCAUCGCCCAGAACCAGAAGGUGAAGUCGGACCCUCAGCCAGGUGUUCAGUCGGCGCUGACGUUGGACGUCCUCAGCCUGGCCGAGCUGCAGCGUCUCGGAGUUCCUUACACCGACGACAGCCUCAAAUACCAGUACAGACUGGAGCAGGGCCGGUACGUUUUCCCAGCAUGCAGUGCGACAGUAGUGGCGCUGUACGACGGCCAGGCGCUGGUGUCGGAGAUCUCGGAGGGUCAGCGCUGUGAUGUCAUCCUGGAUCAGACCUGCUUCUACUCGGAGCAGGGGGGGCAGUCACAUGACCUGGGCUACUUCACCCGGGACACACUGCAGGACGUCCUGUUCCCUGUGGAGGCCGUGGUCCUGGCGGGGGGGUACGUGCUCCAUCAGGUGACCGCCACCGACAGCCUGAAGACCGGAGACCGGGUCCAGCUGCACCUGGACCAGGUCCACCGUUUGUCCUGCAUGGUGAACCACACAGCGACUCACCUUUUGAACUUUGCUCUGAGGAAAGUUUUGGGUCCUUCAGUUCAGCAGAGAGGAUCUCAUGUGUCAGCUGAUCGCCUCCGCUUCGACUUCAGUGUCAAGAGUUCUCUGAGCGUGUCACAGCUGCAGCAGGUCGACAGCUGUGUGAGUGAUAUCAUCUCGGCCAAUCAGAUCAUCCACAGUGAGGAAAUUCCUUGUUUUGUUGAUGAUGAUCAGACCAACAGACAGACGUCUGUGGAGCUCUGCUGUGGAACCCAUGUGCUGCAGACCGGAGACAUCGAGGACCUGCUGAUAGUCUCCGAGAGACAGAUGGUGAAAGGAAUCAGCCGCAUCCUCGCCGUGACGGGACGGGACGCCACACGGGCUCGUGAGCAGGGUCAGGUCUUGGCUCAGGACGUGGACUCUCUGACAGCCAGAAUCUCAGGCUCCGCCCCCUCCAGCCUGGACUCCGCCCAGCGCCUCGCCAAAGAGGUGGGCGUCCUCUCUGAUGCUGUAGAUAACACAGCCAUCCCCCAGUGGCAGCGCAGAGAGCUGCAGAGUCGACUCCGAUCUCUGCAGAGGACGAGCAACACGGCCGUCAGGAAGCUGGAGACCAGAGAGGCUGCGGUGAGAGCUCAGACUCUGCUGGAGAAGAACGGCAGGAAGGAUGUGCAUGUGGACACCGUGGAGACGGACUCUCUGUCGGUGGUGAUGAAGACGGUGAACCAGCUGAGCGCCGCCGCUCCUCACAGUCUCGUCAUGCUGCUCGCUCACCAGAGGCAUUCUGGGAAGGUUCUGUGUGCCUGUCAGGUUCCCAAGGACUCUCCGUCCCUCUCCGCGUCUGAUUGGGCCGUGGCCGUGUGUCGUCACCUCGGCGGCAGCGCCGGCGGCUCAGCGCUGGUUGCCAAGGGAACAGGAAGCAGCGGUGACAUCAGCGAGGUUCUGCGGUGGGCCGAGGAGUUUGCUCACCAGAAAACACGGCGGUGACGUUGAGAGUUGAACUGUUUCCUGUUCCUGUUUGGACAGGAAGUACGGUACAUUUAAAGAGUGAACCAAAGAGACAGCUGUCUGUUAGCAUGCUAAUGGUUAGCUGCUGCUGAACUGACAGGUGAGGGGUGGACAAAAUAUCAGAAAAACUUGAAACUGGAACAUUAUGACAUCAUGAAGGGAUUUCUUCUUCUGAUGAUCAUCGAUUGACACGACAGGCUGUUCAAACUUUAUUAUUUAUAAUUGUUUUAUUGUUUGUUGAACUUUUCUGUUUUACAAUAAAUCUCUGAAGACAGA